UUUACUAUUAAAUUGGGUGUCGGUGUUGUGUUACUUGACUGUCAAAAUGCAACUGAACUGCUGUUGAUGCAUACUAAGGACACUGCUCAAACACCCACUCGGUAUUGCAAUAAUGUCUGACAGCAGCCACUUUUCUAAACCUUUUGUCUCUUUGGUGAAUUGUCCUGUUUGUGCAGCCAGUCAUCUCCCUUUAAAGAAGAGCCUGACCAAUGGGGUCUAUGGAUGCACUUGUGAGAACUGUGGACACUUCUUUAAAUUCAAAGCUAUUCAUGACUUCAAAAGUACUGUGACUUUCAAGAUAAACAACAUUUCCUAUACAGUUGGCAAUGAGUUCAACCCAGCUACAUCUCUAAAUGAAUACAUGCGUAUGACUGGAGUGUCUGUUGGCACCAAAGGAUGCUGCUAUGAAGGAGGCUGUGGAGUCUGCCUCGUCACUGUCAAAUUAUUUGAACCAAUUUCUGGACAGACUGUGGAAUAUGCUAUCAACUCUUGUUGCCUCCAACUGUACACGUGUGACGGCCUGGAGAUCACCACCAUUGAAGGACUGGGUGACCCCAGAGUUGGCCUCCACCCAAUACAAGACAAGAUGGUACAACAUGAUGGUGCUCAGUGUGGCUUUUGUACGCCUGGACAGAUUAUGAAUAUGUAUGGACUGUUGAAAAGAUUUCCCCAGCCAACAGUUCAACAAAUCGAAGAUGAGUUUGAUGCUACUCUAUGUCGCUGCACAGGCUACAGAGCAAUUUUAGAUGCAAUGAAAUCAUUCGCUGUGGAUGCACCUCGUGAGCUGAAAGGAAAGCUCAUUGACAUUGAGGAACUAGAUGGCAAGCUGUGUAAAAAAUCUGGCAAAGCAUGUGUAGGUCACUGCAAGACCAAAGAUGGACAGAAAUGUGAAAACCAGAUCCAACGACCCAUACACAUUAUUGGUGAUGUGGCCCAAUGGUUCAAACCCACCAACCUUCAAGAUUUGGUCCAGCUGUUGGCUCAACAUAAAACAGAAAACUACAGACUAGUCUUUGGAAAUACUGCAUUUGGUGUUUACCAAGAGUUUGGCCCUUGGAAUUUUUCUGUCUUGAUUGACAUACGAGGUGUCAAGGAACUAUACACCAUCCAGCGUGGGACAAGCCUUGUGUUGGGAGCCAAUCUAUCUCUGAGCAACCUUCAAGAACUUUUUGCCCAGUCUGAGAGUGAUGCCACUCUACCAUAUGCUGCUACAUUUGCUAAACACCUCCAGUAUGUGGCUCAUCAUGGCAUCAGAAAUAUGGCUAACUGGGCUGGAAAUCUGGUCAUGAAGCAUGCACACCCAGAAUUUCCUUCAGACAUUUUUGCUCUUUUUGAAACUGUUGGAGCCAAACUGUCUAUCACUGACAGUAAUGGCACCCAGGCCCAGUACUCCCUUGUGGAUUUCCUUUCACUUGAUCUGAAAGGCAAAGUGAUCACUUCAGUAAAUUUACCCAAAUUCACAUCUACUGGAGUCAGAGUUCAGACAUACAAGCCAUCACAUCGUCUGCAGGCAAGUCAAGGCUAUGUCUCAGCUGGUUUUAUGGUUGAUGUGGUUACCAGCCAAAAUUUUUUGAUACAAACCAAGCCAUCCAUUGUCAUUCAAGGAGUCAAUUCUCAAUUGACUCAUGCUGUACAAACUGAAGCCUUCUUAUUGAACAAACAACUUGGCGACCCAACUGUUUUAAAAAAUGCCUUGUCACUUCUGUCAACUGAGCUUGUUCCAGAGUCAAGGCCAAACUGGUCCAGUGCAACAUUUAGAAAAUCCCUUGCUCUCAGUUUGUUUUAUAAGUUUGUGUUGAAUGUUUGCCAAUCCAAAGUAAAUCAACGUUACACCAGUGGGGCCACAGGACUUGUCAGAACUCCGAUUGUUGGCACACAAGACUAUGGCACAGACCCAUCAGAAUAUCCUGUUUCUAAACCAAUGCCAAAAAUAACUGCUCCAUAUUUGACCAGUGGAAAAGUUGCAUUCUUGGAUGAUCUGCCUCCUGUCCCUGGUCAAUUGUUUGCCUCCCCUGUGUUGAGUACUGUUGGCAAUGCUGAAAUAGAUUCUAUGGAUCCAUCUAUAGCAUUGACACUUCCUGGUGUUAAAGCGUUCAUCAAAGCUUCAGAUAUACCCAAAGGAGGGUCUAAUGACUGGAGACCUCAAGGCAUUCCCUUCGUAAAAGGCCAUCAAGAGCUGCUCAGCACUGGCCCUGUUCUAUAUGCUGGACAGCCCCUUGGCAUCAUUGUGGCAGACACUGAAACAAUGGCUCAGACCGGUGCCAGUUUGGUCCAAGUGACUUACAAAAAUGUCAAGCCAGUCAUUGUUGAUGUGGAACAAGCAGUGCAGCAAAAGUCAUUCUUUCCUAACCCACCUCCCCCCACACAAGUUGGUGACCCAAAAGGUGCUAUCGCUUCAGCUCCUCAUAAAAUUAGUGGUAGCAUUCGAUGUGGUGAUCAGUUCCAUUUCUACCUGGAGACACAGACCUCUGUUUGUACACCCAGUGAUAUUGGAGGCAUGAAGGUCAAGGCCUCAACUCAAUGGCUUGAUGGUGUAGGAAUGGCUGUGGCACAGAUUCUAGGCUUGCCACAAUCUAGUGUGGAAGUCACUACAGAAAGACUUGGAGGAGGAUUUGGUGGUAAAAUUACUCAAAACUUUCUGGUUUCUGGAUUAUGUGCCCUUGCUGCUUAUGUUGUUGGCAAGCCGGUGAAAAUGCAUCUUGAUAUUCACCGCAACAUGCAGUUGGCAGGAAAGAGAGAAGCUUAUUUCGCAGAUUAUCAGGUUGGUUUUGAUGACAAUGGUACAUUACUGGGUGUCAUUGUUACAGUCUACGCUGAUGAGGGAAUUAUACUGGCUGAGAGUGAUGGUGGAGACCUGCUGACCUGGAUUGAUAAUGCUUACUACUGUCCCAACUGGCUGUUUUCUCCUAUAGCUGUGAAAACACACAAACCAACAAGUACUGCAUGUAGAUCUCCUGGGUCAACUCCAGCUUUAUUUAUUAUUGAAAGUAUUAUGGAUCAUGUGGCCAAGUCUUUAGGAAAAGAUCCUUUCUCAGUCAGAAAACAAAACCUCUAUGUGAAAGGACAGAAAACACCAACUGGCAUGCCCUUGAACUAUUGCACAAUACGAAAUGUUGUCUCCCAGUUCGAGGUUGACAUCAACAUUGCGCAAAGACAACAAGCUGUCAACCAGUUCAACCAGGCCAACAGAUGGAAAAAACGUGGCCUGGCUGUGAUGCCCAACAGAUUUGGUAUUGGCUGGACCGGAGCUAAUUACAACACACAUGUGAUUAUUUACCAUGGGGACGGCAGUGUAGCCAUUGCUCACGGUGGCAUUGACAUGGGUCAAGGCAUUAACACCAAGGUCACUCAGGUCUGUGCUUAUGAGUUUGGCAUUCCAAUGGACAAGAUUAAAGUGCAGACAUCAUCCUCUAUUAUCAAUGCCAAUUCCAUCACAUCUGGAGGAUCAAUUACUUCUGAACUUUGCUGUAUGGGUGUUAUUGAAGCUUGCACUAUACUGAAAAACAGAAUGGCUCCAGUGAAAGCCUCUAUGGUCAACCCUACUUGGGAGCAAUUAGUACAGCAGUGUUAUGAGAAAGGCAUUGAUUUGACCGCUUCAUACAUGACCUCUCCAACAGACCAGUAUGCCAGUCGGUACAACUGUUACAGUGUGGCUUGUGUUGAGGCUGAAUUGGAUGUCCUAACUGGCCAAUACCAACUACGCCAGAUGGACAUGCUUUAUGAUGCUGGCAUCAGCAUGAAUCCUGAACUGGACAUUGGUCAAGCUGAAGGAGGCUUUAUCAUGGGCAUGGGCUACUUCUUACAAGAAGGAAUGAAGUUUGAUCCUACCACUGGCAAGGCGUUGAAUGAUGGGACAUGGGAAUACAAGAUACCACUGGCCAAAGAUCUACCAAUGAACUUUAACUUCAAGUUUAUAAGGAAUGCCCCCAAUCCUCUUGGAGUUCUACGCUCUAAAGCUGUUGGUGAGCCACCACUAACUAUGGGUGCGGCUGCACUGUUGGCUAUAAAACACGCUGUGGAGGCUGCAAGGUCAGAGGUCAAUCAGGACUCAUUCUUUGCCCUCAGUGCUCCUGCUACUCCUGAUGUAGUUCAAGGUUACUGUUUGAAUGACAUCAACAAUUUUACUUUUGGAAACUGAAUAAAAAUUGAGAUUUAAAAAAAA